CUCUUGAAAAUACAUCCCUAAAUAGCCCUUGAAAUGGCCGAGCCACACUGCCAUGGCAUGUCCGAAACUACCCGUAGGAAGGGAGCCGGCAAGCGCGCCACCAUCCCGGUUGAAGUCGAGCCAGUGCCAGAAGUUGCCCUAACCCCGACAGCACCAUGUGGUGCAUGCAAGUUCUUGAGGAGGAAGUGUAUUGGUGGGUGCAUUUUCGCACCCCACUUUGGCUCGGAUCAAGGUGCGGCCAAGUUUGCUGCGGUCCACAAGGUUUUCGGUGCUAGCAACGUUUCCAAGCUCUUGCUUCACAUCCCGGCGAACCGACGGCAUGACGCGGUGAUCACGAUAUCGUAUGAAGCUCAAGCUAGGCUAUCGGACCCAGUUUACGGUUGUGUCUCGACCAUAUUUUCUUUACAACAACAGGUAGCAUCGCUGCAAGCCGAGCUAGCAAUGGUGCAAAACCAGCUGAUCAACAGUCGAUUUGCGAUGGCGAAUGCCCUUCAAAACUCGCAGCAUCAUCAUCAACAACAACAACAUGAGCAGCAUAUAGCAUUGCUUCAACCAGCAUACUCAAACAAUUCCUCAGCAUCCAAUAAUCUCAUAAACAUAAGCAACUUCGCCUCCAAUUUUGAACUCGUGGCUGAAACUACUAAUACUGCACCCAUUUCUUCUCAAAGCAUGGACCAUCUUCACCUCUCCAUGCCGUGCCAUGACGACGAGGACGACGAACAAGAUAGUCGGAUUCCAGCCAUGUUCGUCAAUCAGAUAAUUCAUCGUACAUAA